GCAAGUGAACCGACCGACUGAAAGAAAACAAAAAAAACGGCAAAGAAGAUGGUGAUGCUGGUGGUUCGCGACACAUCGCGUACCGUAGCAAUCGCGGCUGCGUUGCUCUGCUUAUUAAGUGGCUUCAAUUGUCUCAAUGGAGUGCUGGCUGCUAGCAAGGUGGACGACUCGAAGGGUCCCGUCUUCCUUAAGGAACCGACCAAUCGCAUCGAUUUUUCCAACUCAACUGGCGCCGUAGUCGAAUGCAGUGCGACCGGCAAUCCGCCACCGGAAAUGAUUUGGAUCCGCAGCGAUGGUACGGCCGUCGGUGAUGUGCCCGGACUGCGCCAGAUACUGCCAAAUGGAAAUCUCGUGUUCCCACCGUUUCGUGCGGAAGACUAUCGGCAGGAGGUGCACGCCCAGGUGUACGCCUGUAUGGCGAAGAACCAGUUCGGAUCGGUUAUUUCGCGCGAUGUCAACGUUCGUGCCGUCGUCCAGCAGUACUACGAUUCGGAAGUGAAUAACGCUUACGUUAUCCGUGGCAAUUCGGCUAUCCUGAAGUGCUCCAUACCAUCGUUCGUGGCGGAUUUUGUUGGUGUAGUCUCGUGGAAUGAUGAUGCUGGCAAUGUCUAUCAGCAUAUCGAUAAUCGUUCGCAAUCCUCCGAUGUGCAAGAUUUAGAAAUUGACGGUAAAUACAUGGUGCUACCCUCCGGUGAGCUACACAUCCGUGAAGUUGGCCCUGAGGACGGCUACAAGAGCUACCAGUGCCGUACGAAGCAUCGUCUGACGGGCGAGACACGUCUUUCGGCCACCAAGGGACGACUGGUGAUCACAGAACCCCUCGGUAGGGUGUCCCCCAAGCUAGAUUCCACCUCCAAGAUCGUGACGGCAGAAGUCGGGCGUAGUAAUACGAUCGCUUUACUUUGCUCUGCCCAGGGCUACCCGAUAGCCGUUUUUAGAUGGUACAAAUACAUCGAAGGAACUCAGCAAAAGAAGGCCGUCGUUUUGGACGAACGUGUGAAGCAAGUUUCCGGAACGCUCAUCAUCAAGGAUGCGGUAGUGGACGACUCCGGCAAGUACCUGUGCGUUGUGAACAAUUCGGUUGGAGGCGAAAGUGUGGAAACUGUCCUGACGGUAACGGCACCGCUAGCAGCAAAGAUUGAACCACGCACACAAACGGUAGACUUUGGCCGUCCGGCAGUGUUUACGUGCAAAUUCUCCGGCAAUCCGAUCAAAACCGUUUCCUGGAUGAAGGAUGGCAAAUCGCUCGGUCACAGUGAUGCGGUGUUGCGUAUUGAGUCGGUCAAGAAGGAGGACAAGGGCAUGUACCAGUGCUUCAUUCGCAACGAUCAGGAAAGUGCACAGGCUAGCGCUGAACUGAAACUCGGAGGACGCUUUGACCCACCGAUAAUCCGUGAAGCAUUCCCCGAGGAAACACGCCAUCCAGGACCGUCCGUAUUCCUAAAGUGUGUUGCCGGUGGUAACCCGACGCCCGAAAUCAGCUGGGAAUUGGAUGGGAAGAAAAUCACGAACAGUGAACGCUAUCAAGUCGGACAGUAUGUGACGGUGAAUGGUGACGUUGUGUCGCAUUUGAACAUUACGUCGAUCCACUCGAACGAUGGCGGUUUGUACAAGUGUAUGGCUAGCAGUAAAGUCGGUGUUGCUGAACACUCCGCUAAGCUGAAUGUAUACGGUCUACCGUACGUGCGGACGAUGGAAAAGAAGGCAAUUGUCGCUGGAGAAACGUUGAUCGUCACCUGCCCGGUAGCUGGCUAUCCUAUCGAAUCGAUUGUUUGGGAACGAGACAACCGACAACUACCCAUCAACCGCAAGCAGAAAGUGUUCCCGAAUGGAACUUUAAUCAUCGAAAACGUCGAACGAAACUCAGAUCAAGCUACGUACACGUGCGUUGCUAAGAACUCGGAAGGAUAUACUGCGCGAGGCACACUGGAAGUUCAAGUUAUGGUUCUACCGCAAAUAGUUCCAUUUGCUUUCGGAGAGGAGCAGAUAAACCAGUUUGAUAUGGUAUCGACUAUGUGCACCGUGAACAAGGGUGAUAUGCCCAUCGAAAUUGUAUGGGAGUUCACACCAACGUUUCCAAGUUUAGGAAAGCCGAGAAAGUUGUACACAAACGAUGGUGUACUGAUCAGCCGGACAAGUACGCGUAUUAGCACACUGAGUAUUGACUCUGUGCGUGAUCGGCAUAGUGGCAAUUACACUUGUAUUGCUAAAAACCAGGCAGGAAUGAUGGAGCAUACUGCAGUCCUUUUUGUAAACGUACCUCCAAGAUGGAUUCUUGAACCAACUGACAAGGCUUUUGCUCAGGGAUCAAACGCCAAAGUAGAAUGCAAAGCAGAUGGUUUCCCCAAGCCACAGGUGACCUGGAAGAAGGCAGUGGGAGACACUCCUGGAGAGUAUAAAGAUCUACGAUCGAAUGAUUCAAGCAUUCGUGUUGAAGAAGGAUCUUUAUUCAUCCAGAACAUCCAGAAAUCGAACGAAGGAUACUAUCUGUGCGAAGCGAUUAACGGUAUUGGAUCAGGUUUGAGUGCAGUUACAUUGAUCACCGUACAAGCACCGCCAGAAUUUGUAGAGAAGCUGCGCAAUCAAACCGCUCGCCGUGGUGAACCGUCUGUGCUGCAGUGUGAGGCAAAGGGUGAGAAACCGAUUGGCAUUCUAUGGAACAUGAACAACAUUCGGCUGGACCCGAAAUCGGAUAACCGGUACACGAUUCGUGAAGAGAUCCUGACCAACGGUGUUACCUCAAGCCUUUCGAUUAAGCGUACGGAGCGUAGCGAUUCCGCACUGUUCACUUGCAUGGCUACAAAUGCUUUCGGUAGCGAUGAUACUAGCAUUAACAUGAUUAUCCAGGAACCGCCAGAGAUGCCCUAUGCGCUGAAGGUGUUGGACAAAUCGGGACGCACUGUGCAGCUGAGCUGGGCCAAACCGUACGAUGGUAACUCUCCGCUGAAGCGAUACAUUAUUGAGUUCAAGCGAUCCCGUGGAUCUUGGGAAAAUGAUAUCGAUCGCGUAAUUGUUCCUGGAGAUACAAAUGAGGCUCAGGUGCAGAAGCUAAGCCCGGCAACGACGUACAACAUUCGCAUCGUGGCCGAGAACGAAAUUGGCGUGUCGGAUCCAUCCGAUGUGGUAACGAUUAUUACGGCAGAAGAGGCACCGUCCGGAAAACCACAAGCAAUCAAGGUUGAAGCAAUUAAUCAGUCAACACUGCGUGUUAGCUGGAAGGCACCACCACGCGCUGAGUGGAAUGGAGAUAUUUUGGGAUACUAUGUCGGUUACAAGCAGACGUCCGUUAACACGUUGUAUGUGUAUGAAACCGUUAACUACUCGCCCGAAGGUGGAGAAGGCAAGGAACACAGUUUGGAGAUCAAUAAUCUGAAGACUUACACGCAGUAUUCGAUCGUAAUUCAAGCGUUCAAUAAGGUUGGUGCUGGUCCGAUGAGUGACGAAGAAAAGCAAUACACGGCAGAAGGUACACCUGAUCAGCCGCCAAGUGACACGAUGUGCACAACACUGACCUCGCAGACGAUUCGUGUAUCCUGGGUUAGCCCACCGCUGGAAUCGGCAAACGGUGUCAUCAAGGGAUACAAGGUGGUGUACGCACCGAGCGAUCUGUGGAACAACGAUAAGAACAAGGACUACAAGAAAACGGCCUCAAGUGAUACGGUUCUUCAUGGGUUGAAGAAAUACACCAACUACACGAUGCAGGUCCUGGCAACGACAUCGGGCGGUGAUGGAGUACGCAGUGCGCCAAUCCAUUGCCAAACAGAACAAGACGUUCCGGAAGCGCCAACCGCUGUAAAGGCAUUGGUUAUGUCCGAAGGAUCCAUCCUCGUAUCCUGGCAACCACCGGCACAACCCAACGGUUUAAUUCUGCAAUACACAGUGUACAUCAAGAGUGGAGAUCAAGAACCGAAGAGCUUCAAAGUUCCAUCGUUCCAAAUCAACUACGAGGCGUCGGGAUUGGAGAAGAAUCAAAAGUAUGAAUUCUGGGUCACUGCUUCUACCACCAUUGGAGAGGGUCAAUCGUCUAAAACGUUGUCCGCAAUGCCGAGUGAUAAGGUUCCAGCCAAAAUUGCUUCGUUCGACGACAAGUUUACCGCCACGUUCAAGGAGGACGCUAAACUACCGUGCUUGGCUGUGGGCUCCCCAACGCCGGACAUUACCUGGAAGAUUAAGGGUGUAGAGUUUGUACCGAACGAGCGUAUUCGUCAGCUGCCGGAAGGUUCGCUAUUCAUCAAGGACGUGAUUCGUCAGGAUGCUGGUGAUUACACCUGUACCGCCGAAAACUCAAUUGCCAAAGAUUCGAUUACGCAUCGAUUGAUUGUGCUGGCACCUCCACAAUCGCCACAGCUUACACUUACUGCCACAACGACCGAUUCGCUGUCAGUGAAGUUGAAGCCUCACGAGUCGGACACUGCACCGCUACAGGGAUACACGCUGCACUACAAGCCCGAGUUUGGUGAAUGGGAAACGAUUGAUGUUGCGCUGGAAGCACCGAAAUAUACCAUCGAAAAACUGUACUGUGGUUCACGCUAUCAAGUAUAUGCGACGGCUUACAACACGAUUGGAGCAGGAGAGCCUUCGGAUAUAUUGAACACACGCACCAAGGGAUCAAAGCCACUGUUGCCCGAAAAGUCACGGUUUAUUGAAGUUUCGUCAAACUCGAUCACGCUGCAUCUUCCGGCGUGGAAGGAUGGUGGUUGCCGAAUGUCUCAUUUCGUUGUUGAGCACAAGAAGAAGGAUCAAAUUGACUGGAACCAGAUUUCGAACAACGUCAAGCCGGGUGGAAACUUUGUCGUGCUGGAUCUCGAACCUGCCACCUGGUAUAAUCUUCGUGUAACCGCUCAUAACAAUGCCGGAUUUACUGUUGCUGAAUAUGAAUUCGCUACGCUCACCAUGACAGGAGGUACGGUGGCGCCAAGCUUUGGCUCCGUUCAGCCCGGUACCAUCUACCCACCGUGGAUUCCGCACUGGAUUGACCUGAACGUAAUGGUACCACUGAUCGCAACCGUGAUCGUGGUGGCGGUAGGUGUACUAGUAAUAUGUGUAGCGAUCUCCCGACGCCGAGAUGACGAUCCCCGAUGCGGACCGAAGGAUGUAUACUACGAUGUCGUGUACAAUCAAUCAAUGGGACCGGCGGGUGCGGCUACGCUGGACAAGAGACGACCGGAUAUCCGUGACGAGCUAGGGUACAUUGCACCACCGAACCGUAAGCUGCCACCAGUGCCGGGAUCGAACUACAAUACCUGCGAUCGUGUAAAGCGUGGAACUGUUAUUAGCCAUAAUCCCUCCAUAAAAUCCAACCAUACCACUUGGGACCCGCGACGUCCGCUAUACGAAGAACUGAAGAAGGCACCACCACCACUGCCAAGACGUUUCAACCAUCCGCCGGCGUGUUAUGGCAUGGAAGAUGAAAUUUGUCCUUACGCUACGUUCCAUCUGCUCGGAUUCCGGGAAGAAAUGGACCCGACAAAGGCAAUGAACUUCCAAACUUUCCCGCACCAGAAUGGUAUGGGCGGUCCAGGACAUAUGGGAACAAUGGGAUCAAGCAUGGCCAUGCAGGUUCCUAGCCAUGUACACUCACGGUCCGGUUCACAGUCAAUGCCACGGCAGAAUCGCUAUGCACCCAAGAACAGCCAAGGAGGCCAAAGCAGCAUCUACACUCCGGCACCGGAAUAUGACGACCCGGCCAACUGUGCUGAGGAAGAUCAAUACCGACGCUACACACGCAUCAACUCUCAGGGUGGCUCACUGUACUGUGGCCCAGGACCCGAAUACGACGAUCCAGCCAACUGUGCUCCGGAAGAUGAUCAGUACGGUUCGCAGUACGGUGGCAACUAUGGCACACCCUAUGAACACUAUGGCUCCCGGGGAUCGGUUGGACGUCGCAGCGUAGGUUCGCCAGAACCGCCACCACCACCACCACGCAACCACGACACGAGCAACUCGUCGUUUAACGAUUCCAAAGAAAGCAACGAAAUUUCCGAAGCUGAGUGUGACCGCGAUAAUGGUCCACGCGGGAACUAUGGAGAACCAUCUGAGGCUUCAUCGAAAUCCAACGAUGCCAUUAAUGGUGACGAAACAGAGAAGUUGUUGAAAAGAAACGAAGUCAAACCCAAGUACACCAAACAAGCAGCAGCCUCCGGUAACACAGGACUCACAGCCUACGAUACUAUGGCAGUGUAAUCUGUAAGCCAGCAAGUUCUGCGCGUGCCAUCACCGCACACACUCUUCAACAACCUCAU